ACCCCGACAACUUGGUUACUCACAUAGCUCAUAUAUACCCCCUCCUCAUGCUUUCCAAUUAAGCAUCAACCCAACCAAACCAAAUUCUUUCUUCCCUUUCAUUUUAUAACUCUUGUUUUCUCUUCGAAUCAAACAUGAGUAGUGGAAUUGUGUGGUCACUCGCAUUAUUAUUGAGUCUCGUGUGUCUUAAUCCAUUUCAAUUAUCUUCGGCACAGCUUAGUCCAAACCAUUACGCUAAUAUCUGCCCCAAUGUUGAAUCCAUCGUUAGACGAGCAGUUCAAAAUAAAUUCCAACAAACCUUUGUAACUGUUCCUGCCACGCUCCGUCUCUUCUUCCACGACUGCUUUGUCCAGGGUUGUGAUGCUUCAGUGUUGGUAGCAUCAACAGGGGCAAACCAAGCAGAGAAGGAUCAUUCGGAUAAUUUGUCAUUGGCUGGAGAUGGAUUUGACACAGUUAUCAAAGCAAAAGCAGCGGUUGAUGCUGUUCCUCAGUGCAGAAACAAAGUCUCCUGUGCUGAUAUUCUUGCUUUGGCAGCCCGUGAUGUCGUUGUUCUGGCUGGUGGACCUUCAUACACGGUUGAAUUGGGAAGAUUUGAUGGGUUAGUAUCAAGAGCUUCUGAUGUAAAUGGAAGGCUACCACAACCAGGCUUCACCUUGAAUCAGCUCAAUUCUCUCUUUGCCGCAAAUGGCCUCACCCAAACUGACAUGAUUGCCCUCUCAGGUGCACACACCCUUGGAUUCUCGCACUGCAACAGGUUCUCAAACAGAAUCUACAGCACCCCAGUGGACCCCACACUGAACAAGCAAUACGCUGCACAGCUCCAACAAAUGUGCCCAAGAAACGUGGAUCCAAGAAUCGCCAUCAACAUGGACCCAAACACACCUCGCACCUUCGACAACUUUUACUACAAGAACCUUCAAAACGGACAGGGUCUCUUCACCUCUGAUCAGAUCCUCUUCACUGAUCAGAGGUCUAGACCCACCGUUAAUUCUUUUGCCUCCAAUGCUAAUGUCUUCAACUCCAACUUCGUUGCUGCAAUGACCAAAUUGGGUCGCGUUGGGGUUAAGACUGCCCGUAACGGAAAAAUUCGUACGGAUUGUUCCGUUCUUUGAUUCAAGCAAGACACAAAUAAUACAGGCUACUUUAGUUAUGUUUCACUGCAGAGUGAGAAUUUAAAAGGAAAAAUCUGAAAGGGUUAUGUUCAUUAUAUUGUUGUCAAUAAAUUUGUUUUGGAAUAACCGGGAGUUGGUUGGGUGGGUUAAAAAGAAAAGAAAAUUAAAGAUAUGGCUGGCGGCUGUAUUGUU